AUGCAAGAUCAGGCAACCAAGAGGUCAAGCCGAAAUCCUUCAAGUGGAGGGAUGAGAUCCGUAGCGAUUUCUACCCCUUACAUUUUCCAUCAGCUAGAUGUCAUGGACCCUGCUAGUGUUGCUUCCUUGUUAGACUUCAUCAAGAAACAAUUUGGGAAUCUUGACAUACUGGUAAAUAAUGCAGGAGUUAUUGGAGCAAUAAUCGUUCAAGAAACUCGGGAAAAUUUAAAACUUGGUAUUGAUGAGGUCGUAGGUUCCAAGACUAAAAUGCUUAAGGAAAUUCUUAAGGAAGUUUAUGAGCAAUCAGAAGCCUGUCUAGGAACCAACUACUAUGGUGUUAAGCAUGCGAAAAAAGCACUUUUACCUCUUCUUCAGAAAUCAAAUUCAGCCAGGCUUGUUAAUGUCUCCUCUCUUAUGUCUCAUGAAAGAGCUACGGAGGAGCUAGGAGAUGUUAAUGGGCUCACAGAGGAGAAAGUGGACGAGGUGGUGAAGGGAUUUUUGAAGGAUGUCAAAGAAUGUUUGCCGGAAAGUAAAGGUUGGCCUACAAAUUUCUCUGCUUAUAUGGUCUCUAAAGCAGCUCUUAAUGCCUACACGAGGAUUUUGGCAAAGACAUAUCCCAAUAUUGCUAUAAAUGCAGUAUGUCCUGGAUUUGUGAAAACAGAUAUAAAUUAUAAUUGUGGGAUAGCGACUGUCGAAGAAAGUGCAAAAGAUCCUGUGAUUCUGGCUCUCAUGCCUGACGGUGGCACUUCAGACAUAUUUUACAGUUGUAUGGAAGUUUUACGUGCCAAGGUUAAAUUGCUUAAGGAAGGUACUAAGGAAAGCUACGAGGAGGCAGAAGCUUGUCUAAGAACAAACUAUUAUGGUGUUAAGCAAGUGACAAAAGGACUUUUACCUCUUCUCCAGCAAUCAAAUUCAGCCAGAAUUGUAAAUGUCUCCUCCAUAUUCGGGCAGCUGCAGAUUCUCGGAUAUAUUAUGGCUCAAACAAUGAAAGAUCAGACAACCAAGAGGAUGGCGGUCGUGACGGGGGCUAAUAAGGGGAUUGGAUUAGAAAUAUGUAGACAAUUAGCCUCCAAUGGAAUUACGGUGGUAUUAACAGCUAGAGAUAAGAAACGCGGCGUUGAAGCUGUUGAGAAACUUAAAACUUUUGGACUUUCAGAUGUAUUUUUCCACCAGCUUGAUGUCACGGACCCUGCUAGCGUUGCUUCCCUAGCAGAAUUCAUCAAGGCACAUUUCGGGAAGCUUGACAUAUUGAUUAAUAAUGCAGCAAUUAUUGGAACAACAAUCGAUGAGAAGGGUUGGGAAACUGUCCAAUUUGAUCUUGAUGCGGUUUUACGUGCCAAGGUUAAAUUGCUUAAGGAAGGUACUAAGGAAAGCUACGGGGAGGCAGAAGCUUGUCUAAGAACAAACUAUUAUGGUGUUAAGCAAGUGACAAAAGGACUUUUACCUCUUCUCCAGCAAUCAAAUUCAGCCAGAAUUGUAAAUGUCUCCUCCAUAUUCGGGCAGCUGCAGUUUAUGUCCCAUGAAAGAACUAAGGACGAGUUGGGAGAUAUUAAUGGGCUUACAGAAGAAAAAGUGGACGAGGUGGUGAAGGGACUUUUGAAAGACGCAAAGGAGGGUUUGCUAGAAACUAAAGGUUGGCCUAUAAAUCUCCCUGCUUACACGGUAUCCAAGGCAGCUCUUAAUGCCUACACGAGGAUUUUGGCAAAGACAUAUCCCAAUAUUGUCAUUAAUGCAGUGCAUCCUGGAUAUGUGAAAACAGAAAUAAAUUGUAACACUGGAAUACUGACUGUUGAAGAAGGUGCAAAAGGUCCUGUGAAAUUGGCUCUCAUGACUAAUGGUGGCCCUUCAGGGCUUUAUUUCAGUGGCACGGAAGUAUCAACUUUUUAACGAAUGAAAUGUAAUAGAAUUUAGAAUAAGGGUUUAAAUAUCUUUGUAUACAGAUGGCCAGAGGAGAAAUAAAACUCAACGCUACUAGUUUUUAUUUUUUGUAUGUCUUAAAAGCUCCUUAUGUUGUG